AAACAGCAAGAUUUCAAUGUUACUCUUCUUCUAGAACUUCCUGUUUUUGAAGCUUACCCACCUUCUCUUUUUUAUUAUACCAAAAAUCUCCCUGAAUUGAUUGGAUUGCGUGCUUAUCUACGAGCUACGAAGAGAGAAUUGGGUUUGUGGAAUUCCGCUGUUUGUUUGAAGUUUAAUUUCGAUACUUCCUUCUCUGGGUUUUGAAAUCUGUUUUAGUUUUCUUAGUUUCUGACUUCUGAUUUUGAGACUAUUUGGCGAAGAAACCGCCUCCUUUGGAAAUUUGCAGGAAGUGGGUUUUCCCAAAUUAGCUAUUUGGGUAUUGGGUUCAGUAUCUGCUUUUUUACGAUUUGACUUCAACCUUUUAAGAAUUAUAGAAUUUGGAAACUACUUUGGGUUAUUACGUAUACAGUUAUUGAGCUCCUUUUGUACAUUUCUUAAGCUUAGAAUCUUCGUUUGGAGAAAUUUAGGAUACCAAAAGAUGACGAUUGGAAAUCUUGCACGUAAGGAGCAGAGGGAGUCACGAAAGGCCAAAGCAAUUUUUGAUGAGAAAGCCCCCUUAUUGCCUAAGAGGCAAGAGGAAGAUGUUGGGUUCGAUGAGUUCCCUGGUGCUUCCUUUACUGGCGCAGUGUUCAAUCUAUCUACCACAAUUAUCGGUGCCGGGAUCAUGGCGUUGCCGGCGACGAUGAAAAUGUUGGGACUUGGUCUUGGGAUUGCCAUGAUAAUCUUUAUGGCUGUUUUGACCGAUGCUUCAAUCGAGAUGCUGCUUAAGUUUAGCCGGGCACGGAGGUUGACUUCUUAUGGAGGUCUUAUGGGGGAUGCCUUUGGAAAAUAUGGGAGAACUUUCUUGCAGAUAUGUGUUGUAAUAAAUAACAUUGGCGUACUCAUUGUGUACAUGAUUAUUAUCGGCGAUGUGCUUUCUGGAACAACUUCAAGUGGAGUUCACCAUGCGGGUGUCCUUGAAGGGUGGUUUGGAGACCACUGGUGGAAUGGGCGUACCUUUAUUCUCUUCGUCACCACGCUUUGUAUAUUUUCUCCAUUGGCAUGCUUUAAGCGAAUUGAUUCUUUGAGGUACACCUCUGCUUUAUCAGUUGCCCUGGCAGUUGUGUUUCUUGUUAUAACUGUUGGAAUUUUUAUCAUGAAGUUGAUAAGUGGAGGCAUUAUGAUGCCUAGAUUGCUACCUGAUGUCAGCGAUCUUCCGUCAUUCUUCAACGUCUUCACUGUAGUCCCUGUUCUCGUCACUGCUUAUAUCUGCCACUAUAAUGUUCACAGCAUAGACAAUGAACUAGAAGAUUCUAUGCAGAUAAAAGGGGUUGUGCGAACUUCACUUGCCCUGUGCUCAUCUGUGUACAUAAUGACAAGCUUGUUCGGGUUCCUUCUGUUUGGUGAUGCAACUUUAGAUGACGUGCUUGCCAACUUUGACACCAACCUUGGCAUUCCUUACGGUUCCUUGCUUAAUGAUGCUGUUCGUGUCAGCUAUGCUGCUCACCUUAUGUUUGUAUUUCCCGUUGUCUUCUUUCCAUUGCGGCUCAACUUGGAUGGCCUCAUCUUUCCCUCAUCAAGGCCAUUGGUUCUCAACAAUUGUAGGUUUGCAUUGAUCUCAAUUGGGCUUAUUGCUCUUAUCUUCAUAGGUGCAAAUUUUAUACCCAGCAUAUGGGAUGCUUUCCAAUUCACUGGAGCGACUGCUGCAGUCUGUCUCGGGUUCAUUUUUCCUGCUGCCAUUACUCUUAGGGAUAAUUACAGCAUAGCAACAAAGAAGAACAAGAUCUUGGCUGUUUUUAUGAUAGUCCUUGCAGUCUUCUCCAAUCUGGUGGCCAUAUAUAGUGAUGCUUAUGCCUUGAUUAUGAAGAGCCCAUCUCCCCGUGAAUGAUCGCUCAUGUCACUCCUGAUCUGAAGAAAUGCCCAAGCUUUAGGGGACGAAUAAAUUACCAGGAACUGUUGGAGGAGAAGGAUCUGAGAGUUGAGUACAGAAGCUGUGGCGUCUGGGCUGAGAGAGUAUUUGUGGAGCAGUUGAAGUCCGAGAGCAUUUGAUUCGACGAGUACGUCCUGUAGAUCGAUGCCAUAGUGCGGCAAGUGACGGAGUUUGAAAUUGUCGUCUGGAUGCUUGAUCAGUAUGGGUCUUUGCUCGAAUCCAAAGUGCAAUCCAUCUGGCAACACCCUCCCACCUCGUAACAUAAUUAAUCAUGUUUGCUGUCUCAUUUUCUGCUUCAUAUCUGUUAUCUGAAACUUGUGAUGCCUAUUUUUGAAUUUUGUGAAAUAUCAUUCUGCAUAUCACAUUCGAAUA